UUUUCCUGCAGAGUACCCCUUUAAAAUCUGAAUAGUAGACCUAGCCACAGAUGCAGCAUGGCAUCAUUUACUGUACAUAUCAGUAUUAGCAUUGUCACGAGUAACGAGUAAUCUUAUCAUUGACCAUUGGCACCAGAGUAUGGACCAUAUCGUUGCCAAUUGACAGACCUCAUACAAUAGGCACUUCAUGCCCAAUAUCUUUGUUAGUUACAAUUAUUCAAUGUUGCUUGGAUGGAUUAUUUGUUCUCAGUUGUAAAUUGUUAUCAUAUUUAGUUCUCUCAGUGAAGUGUUUACAAGUAAAAGUGAAGAAGUUAUCUUGUGUUAUCCUUGGAGACAAAGAACACUAUGGUAUGGGUGAAGGACUACUGAAGAAAGCAAUGCAGUGAAAGAUAAAAGAAAAAAAGGAAGCCAGAUGGACAAACUAAGAGAUAGUGGGAUGACUGAGGGGGAUGAGAGUUUAGGAAAAGAGGGGAGGAAAAUAAGUUUGAGAAAGGAGGAGGAGACAAGAGGGGAAGGGAAGACUGAGUCUCAGUGAAGUUUCAGGACAGAGGGGAAAUACUGCUUAGCUUCUAACUUUUUUUGCAAAAUGGAUCCAAAAUCGUGUAUCUGAGGAAGGUCAGCACCACACGACGAUCCGGUUGGUCUAACCAAAUCCACUGGCCGCAAAGAUGUGUUUAUUCUGGACAUCUGCCAUUUACUUGAUCUGUUGCAUUUUGUACAGCAAUGGAGGAAUCCUACCUCAAGCAGAUAAUCGAUGCCCAACAUUAUUAAGUGAAGGACUCAGCACUGGAGGGGAUGGAAACGAAAACAACACAGGGUUCAAUCUGAUCAGGAGAUUUUCUCUCCAGAAAAUGAGUUCUAUAAAGAAGAUUCGGAACCUCAAAGGACCUCUGAUCAUGCGACUUGGAGGAGCUCGCCUUGUGGAACAGACAGCACAAGUGUUUCCCAGUGGAUUACCCCAUGAGUUCACAAUAGUGAUGACGUUGUUAAUAAAGAAGCAGACAACUGAUGAAGACUGGUAUCUAUUUCAAAUCAAUGACCAACAGGGAUACCCACAGCUCUCUUUAGGUAUCAAUGGCAAGGACAGAAGCCUUGAUUUCCGUGCCGGCGGUCGUGACGUAGAAUAUGUGGGUUGCACAUUCACUGGACAUGGAGUGUAUUCUUUGUUUGACAACCAAUGGCACAAGAUUGUAUUGAGUGUACAGGAGAGGGUGGUGUCCAUUCAUAUUGACUGCAGCUUUAUAUCAAGUAAACCUAUUGAGCCCAGGAAGCCUAUAAACAAUCAAGGCCAUACUUUUAUUGGGCUGGACAUGGUCAAAGGAGAACCAGUACAUUUUGACAUCCAGAAAUUCCUUAUAUACUGUGAUCCCCAAAUGGCAAUGCAAGAAGGUUGUUGUGAGAUCCUCCCUGCAGGUUGCAACCCUGAGGCUUCAAAGACAAGACGCAAUGUAGAGGGGGUUGAAAAUGCACCGAACACCAACUUGAUUGAAAUCCCUACCAAAUCCAAGCAACAGAGUUACACAAGAUGCUUCUGUCUAGAGGAUUCUUUGAGUAAAAUGGGGGAGAAGAUUUCUUCAGGGAUGCUUGUAGACCUUCCUCCUGAGUGUGCAUCAUGUGGGUUUCGGCUUCCAGAGCCUAAUGUCACAAUUGGACCCCAGGGCCCUAGGGGCUUUAAAGGGGAAAGAGGACAGUCUGGGGCCUAUGGACCAAAAGGAGAGAGAGGAGAGCGGGGGGCAGACUGCAUCCGUACCUCAGCAGAUGGACCUCUACAGUGUGCCGAAGGUGUAAAGGGGGAAAAGGGAGAGCGAGGAAUAGAGGGCCCAAGAGGAUAUGAAGGACCAGAUGGACGCGAUGGGGAAAAAGGUCAGAAAGGUGAAAGGGGAGACACAGGACUAAAAGGAACAUAUGGUGCACCAGGUCGAGAUGGGAGACCAGGUGAAAUUUGUGUGGUGGGACCAAAAGGGCAAAAGGGAGAAACUGGAAUAGUAGGUCCUGAGGGUCUUGCAGGAGAGCCAGGACCUCCAGGAAAACCUGGACUUCCAGGAAUUGGAAUGCCAGGCAAACCGGGUAUGCCCGGUGGUCCACCAGGUCCUCCAGGACAAAAUGGUCAACCAGGACUUUCAGGCAAAGACGGGCUUGUGGGAAAACCAGGAAAAUCUGGAAUUCCUGGAACAAAGGGAGAAAAGGGUGAUCCAUGUGAAGUUUGCCCAACCAUUGGCCCUGAAGGCACACAAGUUAUCAGUGUGCCAGGUGUUAAAGGACAGAAGGGUAGCCCUGGAAUUGGAGAGACAGGACAACCAGGAAUAGCAGGCCCAGCAGGACCGAAAGGUGAACAGGGCACCUCAGGAAUAAAUGGAUUGAAGGGUGAAAAGGGAGAUUCAUGCACCUCUUGCCUAGAUGCCCAACCUGCACUUGGUAUUCAGGGUCGUGUACCAGGUCUAACUGGCCUGCCGGGAUUACCUGGCACCACUGGGCCAUCUGGAGAAAAAGGAGAAAAGGGAGAUCAUGGUGAAAAAGGGCCAUCAGGGACACCAGGUUUGCCAGGAGGACUGGGGAAAACAGGACCUUCAGGACCAAAAGGAGAAAAGGGAGAAGCUUGCACCCUAUGCCCACUUCUCCCAGCUGAACAGGUACAGCAUGAGACUGCUGUUGCAAUUCCAGGACACAAAGGCGAGCCUGGGGAACCUGGGAUUGGCAUACCAGGGAAAAAUGGCAUUGCAGGUGGACCUGGAAUGAAAGGACAAAAGGGUGAGGCUGGCCAACAAGGAGAUGCAGGUAUACCAGGAACAUCAGGUGUACCAGGUUUACCAGGAGAACCAGGAAUCAUCGGACCCAUUGGAAUUAAAGGUGAAAAGGGAGAUGCAUGUGACUCCUGUCCAGUAAAAAUAAAUGAAUUUUCCGAUGUUAUUGGUAUACCUGGGGUGCCAGGAGCUAAGGGAGAUCAAGGACCUCCAGGAGUGGGACAGACAGGAAAACCGGGUCAGCCUGGUUUACCUGGUGUUCAGGGUCCACCUGGCAUAAAGGGAGCUCAGGGAGAGCCAGGGCCUCAGGGAGAAGGAAAACGAGGACCACAGGGAGAAAAGGGAGAUUUUGGCCUACCGGGAAAAACAGGACCACCAGGCCCCCAAGGCUUUCCUGGAUUUACUGGCCCUAAAGGUGAAAAGGGAAGCGCAGGACAGAAAGGAGGAACAGGCGCUCCUGGAAUGCCUGGCAUGGGAGUCAUGGGACCCCCGGGACAGGAUGGAUUACCAGGCAAACCAGGGCUCCCAGGAAUGAAUAGUAGAUCAGGCGACAAGGGAGACAGAGGUGAAAAAGGAGAAGCAGGAGUAUGUGCCUGUCCUCCUGGACCAUGGAUGGGUAAUGCUGAGAAUGGCGAUUUCUGGCGGUAUGGAAUUCAGGGACCCCCUGGACCACCUGGACCUCCCGGUCCUCCUGGACUACCCGGUCACCAGGGUAUGCCUGGACACAAUGGUAGGCCAGGACCACCUGGAUUGCCAGGAGAACUGGAAGCCCUGGCUGCAGAAAGAACCAUUGAUAUCCUGAAGAGUAUUUGUGGGGACUGUGCCAAUGGGCAGAACACUCCCAUCGCCACGAAAGGAGAAAAAGGAGACCAAGGCCAACCUGGGAUUCCUGGAGCAGAGGACUGUGAGAGGUGUCUUACGGAGAAGAAGGAUGAAGUGGGAGAUGAACCUGAUUCUGGAUGUGAAGGCCACCAAGGUAUUCCAGGAUUACCUGGUCUAAAGGGUGAAGAGGGAGCUCCAGGUUCAAGAGGAUUUCCUGGUGCUCCAGGACCACCAGGGCCCCCAGGUUUUCCAGGCUCUCCUGGCUCCCCCGGACUACCUGGAAUGCAGGGGGAAAGAGGACCACCUGGGCCUCACGGAGAUAAAGGAGAGCAGGGACCCCCUGGUCUUCCUGGAUAUCCUGGAAAUUUGGGCCCCCCAGGACUUCCUGGUAGUAAAGGUGAACGAGGAUACACUGGACCAGCAGGAGAAAAAGGAGAGUCAGGUCCUCCUGGUAUUCCUGGCAUUCCUGGCCCUGCUGGACCGGCAGGACCACGAGGAGAAAGAGGAACCUCAGGAAGUACAGGAGAGAAGGGAGAUCAAGGAUUUUCUGGUCCACCUGGACUCCCUGGGCUUCAGGGACCCCCAGGAUUUCCAGGAAAGCAAGGGCCAACAGGACCACCUGGGUCACCUGCUGAGAAGGGUCCAGAGGGACAACGUGGUUCUCCAGGACUAAGUGGUCCACCUGGUCCUCCAGGGUCUCCAGGAAUACAGGGUCCUCCUGGAAUUGAAGGUCUUGAUGGAAAAGAUGGAAAACCUGGCACAAGGGGAGAACCGGGUCCUCCAGGCCCACAUGGAAUGAAGGGCAUUCCCGGAUUUAAAGGAAAACCUGGACACAUGGGCCCGCCAGGACAAAAGGGAGAUUGUGGGCCAGCCGGACCUCAAGGAAGUACAGGAAGACCAGGAGCGGAGGGUGAUCCUGGUCCAAUGGGUCCACAAGGACGUCCAGGUCCUCCAGGCCACAUAGGAGCUUCAGGAAGCCCGGGACAACCAGGCACGCCAGGCCCUCCAGGGCUGGGUUUGAAGGGAGAAAGAGGAUCCCCUGGAGAGAGAGGUAUGAUGGGUCUUCCCGGCGAGCCAGGAUCCCCAGGACAUCCUGGCCCUGUUGGUGAAACUGGAUCAGAUGGAGCACCAGGAAAAGAGGGCCCUUCUGGUAAGCCUGGCAUACCUGGAACCCAAGGAGAAAAGGGUGAAGCUGGAGUUUCAGGUCCACCAGGGCCUCAAGGAGAAAGAGGAAGGCCUGGGCCACCUGGCGAUGGUGGUUAUGGAAAGAGUUCAUCUGUAGGAAUUGUGGGACCCAGAGGACCUUCUGGAGAGAGAGGACCUAGUGGCCCUCCCGGACAACCUGGUCCUCCAGGAAUUCCAGGAUCACCUGGAAUAACAGCAGACCCUAUCAAUUAUGAUGAAAUAAAAAGGAUGAUUCGACAAGAGAUGAUCAGACUUUUUGAUGAACGGAUGGCUUAUUACACCACACGAAUGCAGAUGCCAGUAGAGAUGGCUUCCACGCCAGGAAGGCCAGGUCCUCCUGGAAAGGAUGGAUCACCAGGUCGGCCAGGUACUCCAGGUGCACCAGGAUCUCCGGGUCAGAUAGGGCGUGAGGGAAGACCAGGAGUCCCUGGAUUGAGAGGUGAACCAGGACCAAAGGGAGACAAAGGAGCAAAUGGUAUUGGCCACAUGGGUGACGUGGGUCCACCUGGGGCUCCAGGACCACAGGGUCCACCUGGUUAUGGCAAAUUGGGCCCACCAGGACCAAUGGGACAACAAGGAAUUCCUGGAAUCCCAGGACAACCAGGGCAAAAAGGUAACACAGGAAAAGAUGGGCGAUGCAACCCUUCAGACUGUUACAGCAUGAUGUCAGUACAAGAGUAUCAACCAAAGAGUAUGAAGGGACCAGGACGAUAAGAUGCCAUUAUCUUCAGACCAACAACAACUGUCUACUGGAUCAUGUUCAAACUGUGUUCUUGCCAAACCAGAGUGACCAUCAGCACAUUCCUUGAUACAUUUAUUUCUAUAUAUUGUUCUGUAUCAAGAUGAUCCAUUUUCUGGAAGAAAGGGAGAUAAAUAUGUUCAUGCACCUUGUAUAGGUUUUUCUUAUUUUUAUAUUGGUUAGUAGGCUCUGUGUUACUUUAUUCUAUGUUUUUACUUUUCGUUGUUUCCUGUACUGCCUAUGUUGUCUCAUAGCACUUCAUUAGAUUCUUGAGGGAAAACAAUGCACCUCAUAGCCUAAAAAGAGUAUUACCUAGGUGCUCUGCCACUGAAGUGUAUUAUUGUUUCUCUAUCUGUUCCUCCACCUGUUUGCAACUGAGUUUUAUAUACUGCUAUGUAUGCAUAAGUUCAAGAUAAGGGAAUACCAUUACUGUUCUUUGUUCAAGCAGUUUUCUCUUACUUAUGUUGUUUAGUUUGUCUAUGUGUACCAUUCUAAUUUCUCAUGGUGGUCCCGCCAUAGCUCACAUAGGAAAAUUCCACCAAAGACUGGGAAAUUUUAAUGAUUUCUCUUGGCCAUCACUGAUAUGGGUACAUUGUUCACAAAGCCUAAAAAAUUACAUUAUAAUUGUGUGGUCCCAACAGGUCCUUUAAUUUUGUUUUAUUAAGAUUAGGGUAAAAUUCAGCACCACUAUUCCAACAGUAGUAGCAUCUUAAAGGGUAACUGUACUUGAACUGGUCUGUUCUUCACAUCAGGUGUGGAGCAACACCAUGCUGGGCUAUUGGGCUGCUGAGGCAAUUGUCUUGCGAGUUCCAUGCUCAAAUCCAAUUUAUUAGAAAAGCUAGGCACUUUAAGGUUGCCUCGGCAACUGUACUACCCAGCAUGGAAAGAAUUGCUUCAUGCUUGAUCUGAAGACCAGGCAUGAGGUCAACAUUACAGUUACCCUUUUAAUGAUCCUUCCAAAUGUAGGCACUGUUACCCCCAGUGUAAGAACUUCAACUGAUACAGAUUCAGGUUAGGGCCAUACUGCACAAAAUCCGCUGCAUAGCAGGAAAUAUUCUCCUAUGAGCAGACACAUACAGCUACCCGGUGGCAGCCUUGUGUGUGAGAUUUGGUGGUGGGCCAGUGUGUCACAGUCCCGUUGGUGCACUGGCCCUGCCUCCAAACCUCACUGCAUACACAGGGCUGCUGCAGAUAGACCUGUGUGUCUGCUCAUAGGAGAAUAUGCAGUGUAUUUCCCGCUGUGCAGCAUGAGAUACACUGUGUAUAUGCUACGUGUGACCCUACCCUUAAACUGAAAUUAAGUUUUUCCUUUUAGGAAUUUGAUUAUUUUUAUAGAAUUCAUUUGAAUCUAUUAUCCUGACACAUUAUAUCAAAUACUUCACAAAUGUGUUUAGACUGUGUUUAGAUCAUCGUGUACAUUACCUCAUGGUAGUUAUUUUCAGGGUAAUUUCAGCAAUAUCACAUAUCUUUUAUAAGGUCAGGGUCCAAAAUUACAUUGAUACCGCUAGAAUGUUUCCAAUAGCAUUUGGUCUUUAUGCUGCUUUUCUAAAGAUUCUUGUGAAACACUUAAUUUUUCUGGACCUACCACAAGGAGAAGGCCAAUUAUUUUUCAAAUUACAGUAUAUUCAAGUGUAAAAUAAAUGUGUAGCCCAUCACAUGCCUUUAUACAAACUGACAGCUACAGAUAGGUUACGUCAGAUGCUAUGAUCUGCAGCUCCGAUAAACAAAGUGUCAGCGGCCGCAGAGGGGACCUCCUGAUACCAGAGCCUGGUGGGAAGCAAGUGAGGUAUGUAUAAGCUUUUUUUAUUUUACUACCAAGCUUGUUCACAUAGCUUAAAAAGUUUUCACCAGAUAACCCCUUUAAAGAUCUCUACCUGGUUUUGGCUUCAAAUUGCAAAGAGCAACCUCUGGCUCCUUUAUUUGCACCAAUAAACUUGGUAUGUAGUUCAAUAAAUCCUAUAAAAGACAAUAAUCUGCUGAUGUAAAAAAGGACCCUUGUCUCCAUAUAAUGGUUACUAGAGAAAAAAUAGAAACUUAAUUUGCAUGUUAGUGUUGAAUUUAGACUGGCUUCCCUAACUUUCCCAUGACAUCUGCUGUUGAAGGACAAUUCAAAGGCCUUCCUACCAUACAUUAGGAUAGAGUUAGCCAGAGAGAAGAUGUUAGGUCUCGCGUGAGGUUUGAACAGAUGUUAACUAUUGGCUGCUGUAGAUCACAAACACCCAGGUGGUUGAAAUCUACUCUAGCCCAGAGCACCAUAGUCAAGCAUGAAGAAUACAUUACUAAGGAUCAAGUGCAAUAGCUUACUACUUGUGGCUGCUAUUACUAUUAUGGGGGCACUGGGACAUCUGAAGAAAGGAUAAUGCAAACAAGUUACAGAGGUGUCUUCUGUGUGCUGCCAAUGCCUGCCCCAAGUGCUUUGGCAAAUUACCUAAUGCCAGCUAUACAAAAUGUAUAUCCCAUACUGAUAAAUAUGCAAAGCAUUAUGAGGUGCCAUGUGGACCAAAAACAUUCCAGUAGGAUGUAUAAUUGCCAAAAUAAAAAAUAAAUAAUCUAGUUUUUGGAGCUUUGGUUGCCAUUAGCUAGAACCUGUAUAAAUUAUGUAGGAAGAUGUUCAAUUUAAGCUAGCAAAUUGUUCUGAAAUGAUCUAUUCAUAUACAUUUACUGUAUCAAUAUUCUUGCUGUUACCAUGUUUGUUAAGUAUGCAUACAGGAAAGCGUAACAUACUUAGUCUACGUCUACAUGUUAAAAUACUUUUGGAAAAGUUUUGAUUCUAGAAAGAUGGGUAUUUCCUCCUGUUAGAUUUUAUGUUCUUCUUCAAGCCAUACAGCCUGGGUGGUUACCAGUUCCCUAAAAUUCUAUAAUUGUGACAACCUGCUUUUAAUCCAAUUCAUUGUCAAGGAGGUAUUUGUGUAUCAGCUGUAUACCAGUGUUCUAGAAACACGUUGCUGUGCAGAGAACUGUUAUGUAGAUACUUGUUCCACUACAAAAAAUCAAAUAUAAUUUAUACUAUUC